AUGAAAGUCAUAAAAAUAGCAACUCUUUUAUUAUCGUUAAUUUUUAGUACAAUCAACGCUGCACCUACCCCAAAAUCUUUAGUCCACACAAUUCCCUUGCAAAAGCACGGAUUAUCAAAUAAAUAUACUUUAAAGCAAAAAUUUGCUCUUGAAAAAAAUCAUGUACUUUCAAAAUAUUCUAAAAAGGAUGGUGACAACUCUACUAUAAUAACGGAACCAUUGACUGGUUAUUCUGGGCCAAUCGUAAUCGGUAGUCAAACCUUCACAGUAUUAUUCGAUACAGGUUCCUCAGAUCUUUGGGUUCCAUCAAAAAAUUGUACUAGUGAAGCUUGUGUAACUGAUCAUCUAUUUGAUCCUUCCAAAAGUAAAACGUACAAAAACAUUGGUGAAUCAUUUGACAUAGUAUAUGGAAGUGGCCCAGUUAGCGGCACAACAGGAUCGGAUGAUAUUUCUGUUGCUGAUGCGAAAGUAAAAGGACAAGUUUUUGGAUUGGCAAUAACAGUUACUGAUAGACUCGCCGAGGUAGGAUUCGAUGGGAUUCUAGGAAUGGCAUUUGAUUCAUUAAGUGUGAUCCAUACCAAAACUCCUUUCGAAAACAUGGUUGCACAGAAAUCGGUUACAGAUCCUGUGUUUAGCUUCUUUUUGGUUAGAGAAGAAGAUAAGACAAGCGAUAAGAGUGAAUUGACUUUAGGAGGUGUUGAUAAUUCAAAAUUUAAGGGUGAUCUUAAUUUCAAUAAGGUUACUGAUCCUUUAUAUUGGCAAAUUAAUCUUGACGAUGUUAAAUUUGAUGGAAAAUCUCUUGGAAUUGAAACGUCAUCUGCCAUAAUUGAUACAGGCACUACUUUUAUUUUGGCUUCGUUUGAUGCAUUCACAAAGAUUAAUGAAUUAAUUCCAGGUGCUGCAUACGACCAAGAAGAUGGUUUUUACACUAUUCCUUGCAAUACUACAUCUAUCGUUUCUUUUGUUUUUGGUGGCAUCGCGUAUGCUAUUUCUCCUGAAGAUUUAGUAAUAAAUCAAGGGAAGGGUGCUUGCCUUUCUGCAAUAUCUAAUGGUGGGAAUGUUUGGGUAGUAGGUGAUGCAUUUUUGAAAAAUGUGUACACUGCAUUCGAUUUAGUUGUGAAUGACAAAACCAAUAUUACAAAUCUAAAUUCUGCUGAUGAAUUGAUCGUAGUUCGAGCACAAACAAAUUACACCGGAAAAAACAUCAAAGUUGGAAUAAUUGAUAGUGGAAUUGAUUAUACCCAUUCAGCAUUUGGUAAUAGUUCGACGAAAGGAUAUAAAAUUCAAUUUGGAUAUGAUUUUAUCGGUGACGCAUUUAAUAGCAAAGUGACGAUGAUCCAUUGGACUAAUGUAAUGGACACGGAAAGCAUAUUGUUAGAAUUCUUGCCACUGAGAGUCGCGCCCGGUGCAUAUAACGAUGGGAUGGAUAUCAUCAAUCUUUUACUUGCAUCUGGUACCGGCUGGGCAGAAAGUCCCGUAAUGAUGCGGAAAUCAUGGCCACAAGCAAUAAUACUGAGGUGGCCAAUGACACGUGCAAAUCUUUACCAACAGUCUAUAAUCGGAAAAACAGCAUUGAUUCGUCGUGGAACCCGUACUUUCGCACAAAAAGUGGCUAAUGCUCAAGCAGCUGAUGCAAUCGGAGCAUAA